GUUGAUAGAUUUUAAACUUUAAUCUGAAUCCCUGAAACAAUAUAAUUCUAAUCUCUAACCCCAGUUAACUAUGAAUUUAGUAUUUUCAAAGUUAAAAUCAAUCGAAAAAUGCUCUCUGUUCUUCUUACGUUCAUACUUAGUACCAGCAAAUUUAACAGAAAAUGCAGCAGUUUUUCCAAAUUUAAUCGAAGAAUUUACCAAAUUCUGCUAUCAACGAGAUUUACCCAGAUCAAUAAAUUCUAUGAAAAGCUUGGAAAAUCAUGGUUUAAUGGCGGAUUGUGUUGCUUACUCUGAACUCAUCAAAUGCUGCAUUUCUAAAAAAGCAAUUGAGGAAGGAAAACUUGUUCAUAAGCAUUUGGUUUCAAAUGGGAACAAACCCAAAUCUUUUUUACUUAGUAUGUUGGUGAAUAUGUAUGUAAAAUUUAACCUUUUGGGUGAAGCAGAGAAGCUGUUUGAUAAAAUGCCUGAGAGAAAUGUUGUGGCUUGGACUACAAUGAUAUCAGCGUAUUCUAAUGCUAAGAUUAGUCAUAAGGCUUUGGAGUUCUUGAUUUUGAUGCUUCGAGAGGGUGUUAGUCCGAAUAUGUAUACGUUUUCCUCUGUUUUGAGAGCUUGUGAUGGGGUGUUGAGCCUUAGGCAGGUGCAUUGUGGUUUAUUUAAGUAUGGCUUAGAGUCCGAUGUAUUUGUAAGGAGUGCUUUGAUUGAUGUUUAUGCUAAGUGGGGUGAAUUGGAUAAUGCACUGGCUGUUUUCGAGGAGUUUGUGACCGGAGAUUUGGUUGUUUGGAAUUCCAUAAUUGGAGCUUUUGCACAGAACAGUGACAGUGAUGAGGCUUUGAAUCUCUUCAAGAGAAUGAAGAGGGCUGGUUUUGCGGCUGAGCAAGCAACAUUGACAAGUACUCUGAGAGCAGUUACUGGGUUAUCAUUGUUAGAAUUAGGGAGGCAGGUGCAUGUUCAUGUGCUGAAGUAUGAUCAAGAUUUGAUCCUCAACAAUGCCCUUUUAGAUAUGUAUUGCAAGUGUGGUGGGUUAGAUGAUGCGCGUUUGUUUUUUAGCCAGAUGAAGGAGAGAGAUGUUAUCUCUUGGAGCACUAUGAUUAUUGGAUUAGCUCAAAAUGGAUUCAGCAGAGAAGCCCUUGAUUUAUUUGAGAAGAUGAAACAAACUGAGACCAAACCAAAUUAUAUUACAAUGGUUGGUGUCUUAUUUGCUUGUAGCCAUGCUGGUCUAUUAGAGGAAGGGCAAUAUUACUUUGAGUCCAUGAAGAAGCUGUUCGGUGUUGAUCCUGGUAGAGAGCAUUAUGGAUGCAUGAUUGAUCUUUUAGGAAGGGCAGGUAAGAUUGAUGAUGCUGUUAGAUUACUCCAUGAAAUGAACUGUGAACCCGAUGCAGUGACUUGGAGAACUCUCCUUGGCGCUUGUAAGAUUCACAAAAAUGCAGAUAUAGCUAUUUAUGCUGCCAAGCAAAUCUUGAAGCUAGAACCAGAUGAUGUGGGGACGUAUAUACUACUAUCAAAUAUCUAUGAGAACUCUCAGAGAUGGGAAGAUGCCAUGAGUUUGAGAAAGACAAUGAGAGAAAGAGGACUUAAGAAGGAACCAGGAUGCAGCUGGAUUGAAGUAAAUAAGAGAAUUCAUGCUUUCAUCUUCCGAGAUAUGUCACAUCCUCAAAUAGAUGACAUUAUCAGAGAGCUAAAUCAGUUAGUUCUGAAAUUGAGAGGGGUAGGUUAUGUUCCUGAUACAAACUUCAUCUUGCAAGAUCUUGAGGGAGAGCAAAAGGAAGAUUCGCUUCAGUACCACAGUGAGAAACUCGCGAUUGUAUAUGGGUUAAUGAGCUUGCCUAGAGCAAGUAUUAUUAGGAUUAAGAAGAAUCUUAGAAUUUGUGGGGAUUGCCAUCUCUUUGCAAAGCUUGUUGCUAAAACAGAGAAGAGAAUCAUUGUGAUUAGAGACCAAGUAAGAUACCAUCAUUUUCAAGAUGGUACUUGUUCAUGUGGAGAUUAUUGGUAGAAAAAUAGGGUAGCAAGUGAAGUACUAUAACAGAUGAAAACAACCGUGUCGUUAAUGGGAGAUUUCUUGUCAAAGUUGGCAGCAAGAAGGUAAAGAUAGAAGGACGGCUUCAUUGAAAGUUUGGAGAGCAGAAAAUUUACAGAGAAUUUUCUAAGAAGUUUACAAAAACAUAGAAAAAGUGUGAAUGAAUGAAUUAGCUUUCUUAUCAGCUAAAAUAUAUAUAACAGAAUUUUGUAACUAACUUGUAACAAACUUUUCCUUAGCUGAUGUCAGCAAUCCAAUACUCAUGCUUCUUGCGUGUGUAGUCCAACUCAGCUUUACACAUGCUCCUUCAAUUCCUCAUCAUCAUCAGUUAUUCUAACACCCCCACUCAAACUAUGCAUUGUGUUAACCAUGCCUAGUUUGGAUAGUAACUCAUUGAACUGUCUUGAGGGUAGUACUUUUGUGAACAAGUCUGCAAUAUGUGAAGUUGUAGGUAAGUAUGUAAUCUGUAUUAAUCCUUCUAACACCUUGUCUCUUGUAAAAUGAACAUCAAUCUC